AGUUUUAGUAAUCUAGACUUGGGUUUGUACUUCAAUAUUGACAGAUAGAGCGGAAGUACCUGCCUAUUUGUUUAGCAAGACUUCAUUUGUGUGUCACUUUGGUUCAAAUCCUUCACCUACCAUGGCUUGUCAGGCAACCGUCUUGUGUGUUUUUGUUUUGUGUGCAUUCACUCUAGCGCAAAAUUCAACUCAUAACAUAACAGGCAUAAAAAAUAAAAUAUCACAGCGAAUAGUAAACCAAGCUCUUCGGCCAGUGACGUUACGAGUGAACCCUCAAACCAGUCUGUAUGUGAGAGCUGGACAGGUUACGACUUUGUAUUUCGAUGCAACCAACAACAAUGACUGGAACGCCUUCUUUGCGUUCUACUGCGACACAACAUCCAGUACCGUUCAAUCAGUCCAGCCUUAUGAGAGAUGGAUUUCCAGACAAGAAACGGCGACGAUCCGAGUAGUAAUUAGGACAGGAAAUGUCGCAGCCACUUCCGAGACUGUUACAUUUACUGCGGUCACGUACUCCUCCUUCGGGGAAAACCCAACCAUGAUAAAAACUUAUCUGUUUGCUGGGCAGCAGCAAGUGUCGGACUCGACCAGUCCGCAAGUGAGUUACACCAUCAACGGAGACUGCAGGUACGCUGACACUCCUUCUACAUGUAAUGCUGCGACUUGGGGCUUUCAGGCUAACAUUCAAGACAGCACAUCAGGUUUAUUAUCGGUAGAGACAGUUCCGACGGGAUUUGAGUUCACUUCCGACUUCAUUGCCGGGACGAGGGAUCAGAUGAGUGGACGAUACACAAACUCUUGCUGCUACAACAAAGUAGACUUGAUAGCCACUGAUCUCAACGGCAACCAAUUCAGGACUUCUAUUGACAUUUAUAACGUGUGGCUCUCCCCUGGUGCUAUAGUAGCAAUAGUCGUAGGCAGUAUCCUACUAUUGUUAAUUAUCAUCUUGAUUUGCUGCGCCGUGGGAUACUGCAUAAGAAGACGGCGCAAAACAAGCACAUUUACCAUGAAUUUGUGAAAAAGUGUUCAACUGACGGGAAUUCCAUGUUUAAAAUAGCUUGUUAACCUUUAAUGAAAUAGACUAGGGCCUAUCUAGAUUGUGAUUAAGAUUCCAAUAAAUUGUAUGAAAGUAUAGAUCAAUUGAUCAAAAUAUUGUUAAUUUA